AUGCAUAGAGGUAGAGACAGAUGGAUCACAGUUUUUGUAGAUAACCUACCUGACUCCUUUGAUCCAAAAGGCCUCUUCAGUUUGUUCAAUAACUUUGGAGUUGUAAGGGAUGUAUUCAUUCCAAACAAAAGGCGAAGGAUUUCUAGUACAAGGUUUGGUUUUGUGAGGUAUGACUGCAGAGUAGCUGCCAAUGUGGCAAUCCAAAGAGCGAAUGGGCUGUGGGUGGAGGACAGAGCUCUAAAGGUUAAGGAAGCGGAUUUUAACAGUGAUCAACGCAGAGUGGUAAAUGCGAAUACUUUUGGUGCAACAAAAACAACUAAACAAAAAACUGCUUUUGUGGGUGGAAAUGUACAAAAUAAUAGAGGAAUGAGGAGAACGUUUGCAGAAGUUCUUACUGGGAAUAGAGAGGUUACUAUGUGA